GCUACAGUCCUGCUGCGGACUGGGUCCAGCUUGAAGCCGGGCUCCCCCCCAGCCCCCGCCGCAGUGAAGCGGGCCGCCGCAAGAGGGAGGCGAGACCGGGAUAGCCCGGCUGGGGAGGCGGGAGUGAGGAGGCGGGGAGGAGGGUUAGCUGAGGGAGCGUGAUAGAGGGAGAAGAAGGUGAGAGGAAAGACCGAGAGCCAGAAGAAAAGGAAAACCGGGGAAAGCAAUCGCGGGCGUAGUAAGGCCACCAGUUGGUAUUGUAAUUUAAAAAAAAAAAAAAAAAAGGCACACGCGAAACGCAUGCGCACGGCCGACGGAGGCGAGCUGGCCCGAGCUUCCCCUCCGGCUCGCCCGGCGGACGGUGAAAUCCCCAUGAGAUCUGAGCGGACGGAGAUGCGGAAACGGCAGAUGCCUGCACCCCAGGAGACCACCGGCUCCAUGCCAGACCAGCCCGGAGCAGGGGACCGCGGGUCCAACGCCUGCUGCUUUUGCUGGUGCUGCUGCUGCAGCUGUUCCUGUCUUACUGUUAGAAACCAAGAAGAACAGAGACCCAGGAGGCCCUCCCAUGAACUCAGAAGAGAAGACCUUCCAACCUGCGAAGAAAGCCCAAGUCCCACCCUGGAGGAAGUCAAUGCCUGGGCUCAGUCCUUCGACAAGGUAAUGCUCACUCCAGCGGGAAGGAAUGCUUUUCGGGAAUUCCUCCGAACAGAGUUCAGUGAAGAAAAUAUGCUUUUCUGGAUGGCGUGUGAGGAACUGAAAAAGGAAGCUAAUAAAACGAUCAUUGAAGAGAAAGCAAGGAUAAUCUAUGAAGACUACAUUUCUAUUCUUUCUCCGAAAGAGGUCAGUUUGGACUCCCGAGUAAGAGAAGUCAUCAAUAGGAAUAUGGUGGAGCCAUCCCAACACAUAUUUGAUGAUGCACAACUCCAGAUCUACACCUUAAUGCACAGAGACUCCUAUCCCCGGUUCAUGAACUCUGCGCUUUAUAAAGAUCUGCUGCAGUCCUUAGCUGAGAAAUCAGUUGAAGCAUAGGAUGUUAUCAAAUAUAUUAUUAAUAAAAUAAUAAAAGAACUGAUGGACUACAUCUAGUACAGGGAACUUAUAGGUAGUAGUACCUUCUACUAGAGUAAUACUUGGGCUGUUUUAAUAAACAUGCUUCCUUUUACAGAAGCCUAUAUAUUCACAAUGUAAACUGUGGCCACCUGUACUGAUACUUCCGGGGGGAUAGUGGGGUAUGGCUGUCUUAGAAAAAGAUAGGAUAGUUACAUUUAUGGUCACCGCAGCAUGUCGUCAAUGGUGAAUGAUACUCUAGAAGACUCCUCCUGCCUGAGGCACGUAGGUCCAUUGGAGCCAAGAGGACUGCCUUUGUUUUGCAUGAGUGCAGUAUCUGAUGACCCUCCUCCCAAGGAAAAGGCGUUCAAGUGUUUCUUAGCUACUCCUUUCCAUCUGGCUGCUUUGAAUAUUUUGCUUCUCAGUGCCAUCACUGGACCCAAAUCCCCAUUUUAUAAAGAUGUGUCACCACUACUUAUAAAAUGGAAUUCCGCUUUUAUCUUA